ACCUAGCGGCUGAGCGCCAGAAUAACUUGUCCUGUCAAUCCAACGUGUUGUUCCUGAAGGUGUUGGGCCCCUGAGUGCGUGGUAACCCGGCAUGGGGCUGGACAGCUGACUGGACUCCCGGGCCCUGCAGUGCGGCUGACACCACGGCCAGUCUUCUGUGUGCGCUGUACUAGGAAGGAGCCGUCUGCGCUGGGCUGCGGUACCGCACAGUGUGGAGAGUAACUGUGUAAUGAUCUGGAGACUCGCUGGGCAAUAUAUUGCCUGUGGAAGAAGGAAUCUCUUUCGGCACUUGACUACUGUACGUAGAGAACCAAUGAAGUACAUACUGGUGACUGGAGGCGUCAUCUCUGGCAUUGGAAAAGGAAUCAUCGCCAGCAGCAUUGGUACCAUACUGAAGUCAUGUGGGCUUCGAGUGACCGCCAUUAAAAUUGACCCGUACAUUAAUAUUGAUGCUGGGACUUUUUCACCUUAUGAGCAUGGCGAAGUGUUUGUGCUGGACGAUGGAGGGGAGGUAGACUUGGAUUUGGGAAAUUACGAGAGAUUCCUGGAUAUCAGUCUGUAUAAGGACAACAAUAUCACUACAGGAAAGAUUUAUCAGCAUGUGAUUAACAAGGAGCGGCGAGGAGACUACCUGGGCAAAACCGUGCAAGUGGUCCCACAUAUUACGGAUGCUAUUCAGGAAUGGGUGAUGAAGCAGGCAACAGUCCCAGUGGACAAGGACCAUCAGGAGCCUCAGAUCUGUGUCAUUGAGCUUGGUGGAACUAUUGGAGACAUUGAGGGAAUGGCUUUCAUAGAAGCUUUCAGGCAGUUCCAGUUUAAAGCCAAGAGAGAAAACUUCUGUAACAUACAUGUCAGCCUUGUGCCGCAGCCAACAGCUACAGGAGAACAAAAGACCAAACCAACGCAGAACAGCGUCCGCGCGCUCAGGGGUCUGGGCCUAUCUCCAGACUUGAUUGUGUGUAGGAGUACCAAACCCAUUGAGAUGGCUGUGAAACAGAAGAUUUCAAUGUUCUGUCAUGUGGAACCCGAACAGGUCAUUUUCAUUCAUGACGUGUCUUCUACAUACCGUGUCCCCAUUUUAUUAGAGGAACAAGGAAUUAUUACGUAUUUUAAACACAGAUUGAACCUUCCUGUGGAUGAUAAGCCCACUGUGCAGCUUCUGAAAUGGAAAAGAAUGGCUGACAGGUAUGAACGACUGCUGCAGACCUGCUCCAUAGCACUGGUUGGAAAAUACACCAAACUGAGUGACUGUUAUACCUCUGUCUUCAAGGCGCUAGAGCACUCUGCCCUGGCCAUCAACCAUAAGCUGAAUUUAAUGUAUAUAGACUCUGCUGAACUAGAACCUUCAAACAAAACAGAAGACCCUGUGAAAUAUCAUAAGGCCUGGGAAAAGCUGUGCAAAGCUCAGGGUAUAUUGGUUCCUGGUGGAUUUGGAUCACGAGGAACUGAAGGAAAACUUGAAGCAAUCACCUGGGCCAGAGAAAGAAAGAUUCCUUUCCUAGGUGUAUGCUUGGGGAUGCAGUUGGCUGUAGUGGAAUUUGCAAGAAAUUGUUUGAACUGGAAAGAUGCAAACUCUACAGAAUUUGACCCAAACACAAAGAAUCCAGUGGUGAUUGACAUGCCUGAACACAACCCAGGAGACAUGGGUGGAACAAUGCGACUGGGGAAGCGGAAGACUGUUUUUACAGCAAGUAGCUCCACCCUAAAAAAGCUGUAUAAAAAUAUGGAUUUUGUGGAAGAACGUCAUCGACAUCGCUAUGAGGUGAAUCCAGAACUUAUUCCACAGUUUGAAGAAAAAGGUCUAAAGUUUGUUGGACAUGACACUGAGGGACAGAGGAUGGAGAUCAUUGAGCUUGAAGAUCAUCCAUACUUUGUUGGCGUGCAGUUUCAUCCAGAAUUCUCAUCCAGACCUAUGAAACCUUCUCCUCCUUAUCUUGGGCUAAUGUUGGCUGCCUCUGGAAAGCUAUCUACAUACAUACAGAAUGGCGGCAAGCUAUCUCCCAGAAAAUAGUCCUUCUCUGCUGUUCCACAAACUUCCCCAUGAUUGAUACUGCAAAUAUCUUGCCUGGCACUGUCAAUCUUGCACCUGCACCAUUUUUCCGUUAUACUUCUGUGAUUUUAGAAGUAAAGAUGAAUGAAUGAAAGGUGUCUGGACCGUUUCACCUGCUUCUCUAUGAGAUCUUUACACCAGCACUGACGGUAGGGGAAGGGAGCAGGAAAGUUUGUGAGUGUGUUAGACCAACUCUGAAUG